AACUUUAUUGAUAGGAUUACCACAACAACAAGCGGGAGGUGUAAAUAUAACGGCUGACAGUUAGUUCGUGCUUGUAGUUUACUGCGUUUAAUAUUGUUCACCCUUGUUGUAAAUUCGCGAAUGGUGAGAGAACACCAGCAAAUAACAGAGAUAGACGUGUCAGUGUCGUCUGUGUGAAAGAUAGUGCGCUGUUAUUCUCGUUAAAUAAUCAAAUAGCUUUAGCAACGAUAGCAUCAUGGCUAGUCCUGCGAGCGCAAACAUGAACGCUGUCCGCGAGACUAUGGAUGUUCUCCUGGAGAUAUCAAGGCUGCUGAAUACAGGAUUGGACAUGGAGUCUCUGUCAAUAUGUGUUCGUCUCUGUGAGCAGGGGAUCAAUCCCGAAGCCCUGUCAUCAGUUAUCAAAGAAUUAAGAAGAGCCUCAGACUCACUAAAGGCUUCUGAAAACAGCACUAGUCAAGGAUGACCAGUCAAACACGGGCCCCUGACAGAGUGGACCUGAAGCAAGAAAACUGUAUAUAAAUAUAUACAUAUGAUUAAUGUAUGAAAACAGUUGAUUUUUGCCUUGUGUUUGAAGUUUUGCCUACUUUAAUGUGCCUCACUAUGUACAGUUGGACUCUUUAAUCUUGUUUUGUUUGUUUGUCCAUUAAAUGUUGUCUAUACUAAUAACUAUAAAACUACAAUUCUAAAAGACAAAAAAACUGUUCUGUGGAAACCUUGUUGAUUUUGCUGCAGAAUAAGUCAGUAAAGUUGUUUUUAUCAUAA